AUGUCCUCCGCCACAGCUCAGGCGCAGGCUGCCAGCGGCAGUUGGUCUGCCUUCCUCAAGUCUAUUGCUUCCUUCAAUGGCGAUCUGUCAUCCCUGACCGCGCCGCCCUUUAUCCUUUCGUCACAAUCGUUGACCGAAUUCUCUGCGUACUGGUCUACGCACCCGAACCUCCUCGUCGCCGCCGCCUCAGAGAUCGAUCCCGCAAAGCGCUCCAUGCUGGUGCUCAAGUGGUUCCUCUCCACACUUAAACACCAGUAUGCUAGCCGCAGCGAGCAGUUUGGCAACGAAAAGAAGCCACUUAAUCCAUUUCUGGGCGAGCUCUUCCUUGGAUCAUGGAAUGAUACGGCUGGCAAAACGACGCUUGUAUCUGAGCAAGUUAGCCACCACCCGCCUACCACCGCCUAUUGUGUCCGCAAUGAAAAGACCGGCAUUCAACUCGAGGGCUACAAUGCGCAGAAAGCCACUUUUCAUAGUACCAUCAUUGUCAAGCAGAUUGGCCAUGCGGUAUUGACUAUUCCCAUUGGCGACAAGAAGGAACCCGAGCACUACUUGAUUACGCUGCCAUCUCUUCACAUCGAAGGCCUCAUCUUCGGCGCCCCGUUUGUUGAGCUUGAUGGCACUAGCUUUAUAACAAGCUCUACUGGAUUCAGAACCAAGAUUGACUAUAGCGGCAAGGGAUGGCUUUCCGGAAAGAAGAAUACAGUUAUUGCCACCAUUACUCCCACAAGCAAGGAAAAGGAUGUGCUGUAUAACUCGAUUGGUCAAUGGACUGAGAAACUCGAGUUUUACUCCGGCCCAGCUAAGAAGAACUCCAAAUCAACUCUUGUCGACGAGUACGAUGCUGCCAAGGCCGCGCAGACGGAGCUCCAGAUAUCACCUGUCGAUAAGCAACAUCCGCUCGAGUCGCGCCGGGCCUGGGCCAAGGUUGCCACAGGCAUUCAGAGCGGUGACAUGGAUCUCGUUUCAGCCGAAAAAGGCAAGAUUGAGAAUGCGCAGCGUGCCUUACGUCACAAGGAGACAGUCGAAGAAAGAGCCUGGGAGCGUCGCUAUUUUACUGCUGUGGCUGUCGGCACCACCGACCCUGUCCUGGAACAGCUCGGUGCUGCUGGCGGCGUGGCCCUCGACGGCGAGCGUGACAAGACUGGCGGUCUCUGGAGAUUCGACGCGAAAAAGGCCGAAGCUGCUGAUGCCGAAAAGCUGGCUGAAGAACAAAUUGCGACGCUGGAAAGGGAAGUUUUGGGUCAAUAG